AUGUUUAUUGAGUUAUUCUCACUAUUGUACCUAAGGUUAAUAACAGAGAUUAGUAUCACAUUGUCAUUCAAUAUCGAUAUUCAUUCACCUGUUUUUAAAUACGGUCUCAAUGGUACCUAUUUUGGAUUUGCAGUUGCUCAACACUACAAUGGUAUCCAUCCCAUAAUACUCGUUGGCGCACCACGUGCAGAAUCCGGGCAGCCAUAUACUCGACAAGCUGGUGCUUUAUUUUCUUGCCCAAUAAAUACUAUUUAUUUUGACAAAAGUAAAGGAUGGUGUAAGAAGGAAAUUGUGGAAUAUGUGGAUAAGAAUGAUUUAUUAAAACCCGUCGGUUAUGUGCAUGGCAAACAGUUACAUUAUCAGGGUAAGAAUCGGCAACUUUUGGGUUCUGUUGUUGUUUCUUCUGCAGUUCCAAAUGGCAUCGCUAUGGUCUGCGCACCACUUGUACGCUACCACAACACUUCGGCUUAUACAGAUGGAACAUGUUUUGUACUCGAGAGUGAUCUUAAUCAAAAGGAAAUGCUCAUAUCUUGUGCUCAACCAGGUCUACCUAGAACAGAUCGCCAUAACGAAUACGGAUCAUGUAUGGAGGGUUUUAGUGGUUAUGUUGAUGAAUCGAUGGUUAUCACAGGCCUACCUGGUGCCAAGAAGUGGACUGGAGGAGUGUUUAGUCGUUAUUAUCCGAAGGAUAUCUUUGCAAUGAAUUUGGACCGCUGGACAAUGGGCGUCGAACCAAAGUAUCAUGGUGUUCGCUCUAAAUUUCAAGGACAUGAUUAUUUAGGAUUUUCAGUAAAUCAUGGUCGUUUUGGUUUUUGGUUCGAAGAUGAUGAAAAUUCGACGAUUGUUAGUGGUGCUACUAGAUAUAACCAAACAGGCGCCGUCACAUUUCUACCUUUUCGUCGUUCACAUCCAUUUGGUUCUCCUGAAUCUCAUCAUUUAACGCUCACUGAUGACAGUUUUAUGUUGCUUGGCACACAGCUUGGAUCUUCAUUUGGAUACUCAAUUGAAGUGAACGAUUUGAACAAUGAUGGAUUCGAUGAUUUACUUAUUGGUGCGCCUUUCGAAUAUAUGGAAAACACAGAGCAGCAAUAUGGUGGUGCAGUUUAUAUAUUUUUCUCAUCAGGCAAAAAACGAAGCAAGCACGAAAACUCGAAAGUUUUUCUGGAACCGAUAAAAAUCCGCGGCCCAGAUAUUUAUUCCCAAUUUGGAUUGUCCAUUACUUCUCUAGGAAAUAUCGACGAUGAUGUGAAUAAAUUUAAUGACUUUGCAGUGGGUGCGCCAUAUGCAAAUGGUGGCGAAGGUGCAGUGUACAUAUAUCAUGGAUCCAAGUCUCCUAAAGAUUUCAAAGAUCAACCUGCUCAGGUAAUAUUAGCUAGUGAUAUCCAAAUUCCUGUCAAAUCAAAAUUGCGUUCCUUUGGUUUUUCACUUUCCGGUGGAAUUGAUAUGGAUGGGAAUGGUUAUGGUGAUUUGCUUGUUGGAGCUUUUGCAUCAGAUGCUGUAGUAUUGUUACGAUCUCGUCCAGUCAUUAAUAUUCAAGCAAAAUUGAUAACCGAUGAGUUGAAAAUCGAUAUUGAUGGUGAUUCGUCCUGUUACUGGGAAGCACAGACAUGUUUCUCAGUGACCACAGAACUAUCAGUAGACUCCCUGAACUCGAGGUCAACGCGAUUAUUAGAUUUCAGUACAAACGUAUUUGAGUGUAUGCUCGAGGUCGUUCCUUUAAACGUUGGCAUUGGUUCUCGUGCGCGAAUCGUUUCUUCAGGUGAUGAAAAGUAUACAUGGAACUGUGGGAGAAAUAAUAAGAACAGUGACUGGAUAAAUGCGAUUAAGUUACGAUUCUCAGUUCGCCUUCGUAAUGAUGCUAAGCCAACAUUGCCGAAAAAUGGUGAACAACUCAUUGAUCUGAACAAUUUUCCGGUAUUGAACAAAUUUGGUUCAGAAGAUUUCGCCAGUAUUCACUUCAAUAAAAAAUGUGGCCUUGACAAUAUUUGUACUUGCGAUUUACAGCUGCAAUCAGUUCUGCCUGGAAUUUCAAAGGCUGAUGAUUCUACUUACAUGACUCAAGUCGGCGAGAAGGCUUCCAUAGAUAUUUCAUUUGUGGUAUCUAAUUUCGGUGAGCGUGCAUAUGAAGCGCAGCUUUUCAUUGACUAUAACUCGAAUGAACUGGAUGUACCAGUAUUAAGUAAGAAAACGGGACCGGUGAAUAUAAAAUCUGUUGGUGAAAAUUACGCUGUGGUUUCAUUGGGGAAUCCAAUGGAACCUAGAAAACAGUUGAAAUUCGAAUUGAGUUUCAAACUUGCACGUGGUCGUACUGAAGGUUUAGGCAAGCCGCUUGAAUUCAGAGCACAUGUUAACAGCACAAGUGAAGAAACUGAUUUAAGCAACAAUUUCUGGGACGCUAUUGUUCGUGUUAUCAAACGAGCGGAACUUGAGCUAACAGGUGUCUCAGAACCACCAAUCGUGAGAUAUGGUGGCGAAAUUAGAGGUGAAUCAGCGAUGGAAUUUGAUGAAGACAUUGGUGUUCUGGUUACUCAUAAAUAUACAGUGACAAAUAAAGGUCCAUGGUCAGUAAGUAAUGCAUUAAUUGAGAUAGAUUGGCCAUAUCAAGUUGCAAGUGUAUUUCCGAAAGGGAAAUGGGCUCUGUAUUUACUGGAAAUUCCAACUGUACAAACGAUGAAUACAGAUAAUACAAAAGAAAUAAAGCAGUGUUCAAUGGCACUUCCAACUGAAUGGGUCAAUCCAUUACAGCUGAAACUUUUUCUCGAUGCUGGUGUUUCAUUUAAUUACGAUGAUAAAUUGAAGGAACUUGAAGCGAAAUAUUUGGCGAUCAGAAAUCAUCGAUCAGAACGGUCAGUGGAAUCUGAGGAAACCUUGAGGCCGUCACGAGAACUUCGUAUAAAGACAAUCUCUGUUAAAGAAAAAUCCGGUGAAGAAGUGCAAAUUGUUCGUGUGAGUUGUGCGGAAUAUUCUGCGAAAUGUUUUACAGUUACGUGCAGUUUGGACUUUCUGGAUGUCGAUGCAACGGCAGUGAUGGAAUUUCGAGCUCGUUUAUGGAAUGCGACUUUCGUUGAGGAUUAUUACGAUGUGACAUAUGUUGAAAUUAGCUCAUCUGGUCGACUUUUGUUGGAUCCAGAACAGGGAAUUGAAGAAGACACCAGUAAUAAUUUUGCAUUCGCAUCAACUCAUGCUUAUCCUGAUCGACCAGCCAUUCAAGAAAUGGCGCCUAUACCGUGGUGGUUGAUAGCUGCUGCUGUUGUUGGUGGUUUGUUCAUUCUUUUCAUACUAAUUUUAAUCUUCUGGAAAUGUGGCUUCUUCAAGCGAAAUCGACCCAGCCAACCAAUGUUACAUCAAGCGGAAUAUCAAUUUCGUCAAGAAGAAUGGGCGGAAAACUAA